CACACACACACAUACACACACAACCUCCAAUAAUUAGAUCUUGCUGGGACAUUGAUUUAAUUUAUUAUUCAUAUUUGACUUUGUUUAGAGAUCAAGACGCGUCUAUCUAAAUGGGUAGGCUUACCAAGGCUACUAUGGGCCGCGAGGUAAAAGGAAACAUAGACGCUGAUAAGCGGCAAGAACUACUUCAUGACCUCGAAUUGAAACACCAGAUAAACAAUAGCAAUACUGAACUCCUAAUCAAAGACGAGGAUGUCCGGCGGUUGCGAGUCCGAAUACUUAUGCUACGAGACGAAAACACAUCACUGCGCGACCAAAUAGCUCUCAACAGCGACACAAAUACAAAACUCUCGGCCCAAUGCAAUGACCUGAGCUCUCAGAUUGAAGCCAAGAUGGAUGUAAUUCGCUCACAGGAAAAGCAAUUACGGAAACAAGAACGAGAGUACAAAAACUUGAAGGCCGAACUCCAAGCAAUGAACAACGCGACGCAAGAUUCCGCCAAUUUACUUGCUGAGAAACUAUCACUCAGUCGCGAGUUGGCUGUUUUGAAACCCGAGAUCGACCACCUCCGAUCGCAAGUAAACCACCAGCAGGCAACGCUGGCUGAAAAAUUAGCUUUGGAGCGACAAGUUAAUACUCUUGAGGUUGAACUUGCAAACGAGAAGAAAGCUACCAAGAGAGUUAUGCAAAAACGCGAAAGCAAUGACCGGAUCGAGGAUGAGCUCCGACAGAAGCUACGUGAAACGGAGAAGAAAUUGACUGCGGAGAAGGCGGAACGCGAGCGACUCGAAGAUCAGCUUGAACAAGAGAAACGAACACACCAAAUUUCCCUACAGGAGCAGGACAGCACUCGAGAGCUAGAAGCUGAUCUUCGAAAGAAACUCCAGGAAGUCCAGAGACAACUAAGGCAGGAGAAAGACGAUCGAGAAAGACUGGAAGAAGAACUUCAGACUACACAACUCGCGGCGAAGAAGGCGCAGAAAACCCAAUCAAAGAAUAAUGUAGAGGAUGAGUUACGCGCCCGAAUUGAGGAACUUGAGACAAAUAUAGAAUCCCAACGGAAAGAGAGCGCCAGGAUUCGCCGGGAAAACCAGGAGUUGCUAUCUGAGGCGAGCGCACGAAGCGACCAGCUUGAAAAGAAGGUUGAAAAAUUAAAGACCAAGCUGCGUGAAACCCAGGAACAACUCAAGCAGUGCCAAUCGGACCUACGAAAGGCUCAGCAAUCGCGCCCUACCAUUUCAGACGACGGUACCAAAGUCAAUGGGCGGCCACAGGUUUUCCGUAAGAGAAAACCCCAGGACAUAAUUGCGGAGGAAUUCACACAAAUUGAAAUCCAAACUCCGGGAGCUGAUGAUACCACAAAAGGACGAAAAGCAUCAAAGAAGCGAGGUUUAGAGCCAAGUCUUGUGGGCGAGAAAUCAAUGUUCUCUAUCACUCCCUUCUUAAAUCGCACCAAGAGUAUUAUUGAAGAUACGCCCAAGGCUGAUGAUGAAAUGCCGAAUGAUUCGAUAGUCGCUACGACCGAGACUGGAGCUGCUGAGCCUACAACAGCAGUCUCGGAAGCUGCAGAGGCAGAGGUGACUCGGGAAGAAACAACCUCCCCGGCCCCUGCUGAGAGUGAAGAGCCAAAGCCAAGUACCAAAUCUCGUGGUAGACCUAAGAAGGUUCUCGGUGAAGCGCCAUCUGCUAAGAAAAACGCACAGCCUGUGGCGAAGAAGUCGGUCAAGAAUAAGGGCGGUCUUGAGAAGGUGGUGGAAGAAUCUAACGACAAGGCUGAAGAGGGUCAACAAAAUGCCACAGAGCCUGGGGAGAAGACAGCAACUGUUAAGUUCAAUUUGGGUCUCCCCCAGGACGAGAGCAUAUCAUCUAGCAUACCCGGCGAUGUACCUAAGAAAAAGAAGCGCAAGGUUCUGGGUUCCACCAAGACGUUGUUUGAUGAAGAGGAAGGAGAAGAACCGCUAUCCAGAAAGCCGGGCAAGAUUCAGUUAGGUGGCAAGAGGGCAGUAAAUAAAGCUUUGCUCGGGGUGCAAAAAAGUGCAUUCACUGGUCCGGCUGCGUUCUCGCCUUUAAAGAGAGAUCGUAGAGGUGCUGGCGCUAGUUUCCUGGCGUAACGUACGGACACCAGGUUUCAGGAUAACGGGAUUUCAAGCUGGUAACGGAUGGGCCAAGUUUGCAUUUAUCGGCGUUCUAGAUUGGUCAUGUCAUGGUUUGGCGUCUGGAAAAGGGUUACCUUAUAGGGUCGGGAUAGGUUUACGGUUGCAUUAUUAGGUCAAUAGGAAUAACACAUUUUCUAUGAA